AUGGACUACGAAACACUAUUUGAAGGAAACCUUUGGGGAAUGUUUGCGCCCACAAUCAGCGUUCCAGAAGAUCUCGUCGACCAUUUUUCUGUUGCAGAGAAUCUGCUAGACUUCCAAAAUACCGUUAAAGAUAUCGCCAUGAUCUUUGACAAAGAAAAGCGCGAGAUAAAGCUUUGUUCGUUUGGAACGAUUUCGCUCAAAAAGGCAGUUGUUCUUAGCGAAAUGUAUUUCAGGGACGUACGCUUGAGGAACCAGCUACGCGCUCGAGCUGAAGAGGCCGAACGCAUGCUGCAGCAUGGUGGUCAACGUAAUGAUCGAGAUUCUCCAUAUGUGGAUGAGUUUGAGGUUGCUGCUGAUCUGAUGGGACUUGCCAUUGGUACUCACGGAUCAAACAUACAGAGAGCCAGAAAUGUCGAAGAUGUAGACGACAUUCAAGUGUUCGAAGGUGGCGGCGAUGGGCAGCCAUGCAUCAUAAAGGUA